AGUAGCAGGAAUCGAGUGAGCCAGCACAUAAACUGAAGUAGAGUUCCACACAGCCAGAGACGAGAGAAGGCACAGAGGACGCAGCAGCCUGUGACAAGUGGCACUCCAAGAAGCCCCAGAGAGGAACGGAGCGUCGGGAUAGGAGAGAAGGCAAGGAGCAGAAUCAGAGAGGGGAGAAGCAGAGCGCCUUGAACGUUUCUGCUUUUGGGAAGAGCUGCAAAAGCGAGAGAAAGAGAAAAAGAGAGACAGAGAGAAAGCGAGAGAGGGAGUGAGCAGAGAAAAGAAGAAUUAGAGCCUGGGAAUUCUGAACUCCUGAGCCACGCAGACUCUUGGGCUACGAGCACGGCUGCUGGAGAUAUCUGUCUCUCCCUGCAGUUACGGAGAGACAGAGAGAAAGAGAGAGAGCGUGUGUGUGUGUGUGUGUGUGUGUGUGUGUGUGUGUGUGUGUGUGUAAGUAAGAGAAGCUGCAGUUCCUCCGGAGUCUAUGGGACCAUGGCACCUGUCAGAGACAGACCAGCUCUAGGCUGAGCUUCCACGCAAGCACACACACACACACACACACACGCUCAAAGAAAGCCCAAAAGAGAAAGAGAGUCAGGAAAAGGAGCAGUCCAAAGGUGCUGCUGCAGCAACAAGGACACCCAUCUCCUCCACAUCGACCGUAACCAAGACAACCGGGCAUCCGGAACAACCAGCCCUGUGAAUACGACACCUGACUUAUCCUGCCACUUUUGAUAGCAUCUGAAGAUAAUAAUAAUAGCAGUGAUGAUGACGAUGACGAUGAAGGUGGUGUGUAGCGUAUUGCUGCUGCUCGGCCUGAGCGCUGCCAGUGCAAUGUCCAGUGGAGUGUCCGGUGCAGUGUCCAGUGGAGUUUCAUCACCAGCCUCUAUGACCUCAUCACCAUCUUCACCAAGGAUGAAGCUCACUUACAAAGAGCUCCAGCAGUUCAACGGAGUGAAGCGCUUUGAGCUGGAGCGCUCAUGCUGUUUCGGAGCACUCCUACUGGACGAGGAGAGGGGGCGGCUCUUCGUAGGAGCACGGAACUUCCUGCUGUCACUCAGCCUGGAGAACAUUGCAAAACAUGAACAAAAGAUCUACUGGCCAGCACCUGUAGACUGGAGGGAGGAGUGUAACUGGGCAGGAAAAGACAUCAAUAUGGACUGUGUAAACUAUGUCAAGGUGUUGCAUCAUUUUAACCGCACUCACCUGUACGCCUGUGGGACAGGGGCCUUCCACCCUACCUGUGCCUAUGUGCAAGUGGGUCACAAACUGGAGGACCACGUGUUUCGGAUUGACCCCUCUCUAGUGGAGGAUGGCAAAGGGAAGAGUCCUUAUGAUCCGCGCCACAAUGCAGCCUCUGUUCUGAUUGGCGAUGAACUGUAUUCAGGCGUGGCCACUGAUCUGAUGGGACGGGACUUCACCAUUUUCCGAAGUCUGGGACACAGACCUUCCAUAAGAACUGAACAGCAUGACUCUCGUUGGCUUAACGAGCCGAAGUUCAUAGGUGCGUUUGCAGUUCCAGAGAGUGAGAACCCCGAUGAUGACAAAGUCUUCUUCUUCUUCCGAGAAACUGCCGUUGAAGCUCACGGCUUUGGCAAGGUUACCUACGCUCGGAUUGGCCAGCUCUGCCGGAAUGACAUGGGAGGCCAGCGUAGCUUGGUGAACAAGUGGACAACAUUUCUGAAGACCCGUCUUGUUUGUUCUGUGCCAGGCAGCGACGGCAGUGAAACCCACUUCGAUGAGCUUAGGGAUGUGUUCCUGCUGCAGACACGAGACAGAAAGAAUCCACUGGUCUACACCGUCUUUUCUACUUCCAGUAGUGUAUUUCGAGGUUCAGCCGUUUGCCUGUACACUAUGAAUGACAUCCGCAGGGCGUUUUUAGGGCCAUUCGCCCAUAAAGAGGGACCCAAUUACCAGUGGGUGCCCUUCCAGGGCAAGGUGCCCUACCCUCGGCCAGGCAUGUGUCCCAGUAAGACGUUUGGAAGUUUUGAGUCCACCAAAGGUUUCCCGGACAACGUGAUCCAGUUUGCACGCCACCACCCGCUCAUGUUCAACCCAGUGACCCCGCUGGGCGGGCGACCUGUGUUCCUGCGCACGGGCGUGCCAUACAGCUUCACGCAGAUCGCCGUGGACCGCGUGAAUGCUGCUGAUGGCCACUAUGAUGUCAUGUUCAUUGGAACGGACAUCGGCGCGGUGCUAAAAGUCAUCUCCGUGCCCAAGGGCAGCUGGAGUAGCACGGAGCUGCUGCUGGAGGAGCUGCAGGUGUUCAAGGACUCCUCAUCCAUCAACAACAUGCAGAUCUCCUCCAAGCGGCAACAGCUGUACGUGGGCUCUGAGACGGGUGUAGCGCAGGUGUCUCUGCACCGCUGCAGCAUGUACGGGAAAGCCUGCGCCGAGUGCUGCCUGGCGCGAGACCCCUACUGCGCCUGGGACGGACACGCCUGCACACGCUACCUGCCCAACACCAAGAGGCGGUUUCGUCGCCAGGACGUGAGGAACGGUGAUCCUAACACUCUUUGUUCAGGAGAUUACCAUAAGCAGCGUGUUUUGGAGAGGAGGCUGUAUGGCGUGGAGGGCAGUAGCUCUUUCCUGGAGUGCCUGCCCAAAUCCUUGCAGGCACAGGUCACUUGGACCCACCAGAGACACCCGAACAACCCACGAGAAGAGGUGCGCCCAGAUGAUCGCGUACUUCAGACAGACCGCGGCUUGUUGCUACGGCGCGUCUUGCGCAGAGAUGGAGGCGUGUACCAGUGUCACGCCAUGGAGCACGGAUUCACCCAAACACUCCUCGGCAUCACGUUAGAGGUUUUGCCCUCGACAAGCCCUGCCUCCAGCCCUCAUAGCCCCUCCCACGCCCAAGGACAGUCCACCAACCAGAAGCUGUGGUACAGGGACUUCAUGCAGUUGGUCGAUCACCCUAACCUGAACACCAUCGACCAGAUUUGCGAGCAGGUUUGGUCGCGCAAGCACGGCAAAGCCGUGCCAGACCCAUCCAUCGAGACCCCGGCUUCUGACGCGCUGCACUCCGGCCACAAAAAGUGGAAACAUCUGAAGGAGGUCAGGAAGGGGCGGAACCGCAGAACGCACGACGGACGACCCGCCUCCCGAGCGCCUCGGAGCGCAGGGGAGUAACGAGGGAUGGGAGGCAAAAAGGAAGAGAGGAGGGGAAGGACUGUGAGAUCACUGGACCGGGACACAGCACCACUUUACAUUUAGGGACAAUCUAUCAUAUAACACAACUGUUCUACGCAUUAUAACUCCACAACGUUCUAGUGCCCCUACAAGCCAGUGUUCAUACUGCCUCUACCCCAUCUGCUAAACAUUCUACUGCCCCGACACUCCCUACUCCCCCAGUACCCUGCUAAUACCCUAGAGUUCACUGCCUUCUCCCACUCAUGCUCUCCAUUACCCUCCCUACUGCCCCAUACACAUUCUAUUGC